AUGAUGCAACGGUUCCGGUGCAACUUGUGGAGCGCAGUGGGUGGACUGCUGCUAGGAACUCAGCUACUGAAUCUGCUGGCUGUGGCAGCCACAACUGUUGCAGCGGGAGGAGCACGAUUGCCAGCUCAGCUCGACUGGCGCUACAACGAUGCACAGUACGGAAAUGCCGAGUAUGACAAGAUGUUGGGCCAGGGCAAUGGACGGCAGCCGGGCCAGGAGCAACUGGGUAACUUUCAGUUUCAGUAUGUGGACUAUCAGCCCAAGUGUGGCUCGGGCGGACAGCCGGUGUGCGCGACCAAUGGCAGCAGCUACUUCUACUUCGAGAACGAUUGCAAGCUGGAGGCGGCCAACAUGAAGCUGCUCUUUCAAUACGGCACAGAGCUGGAACCCACCGAACUGGAGCGCUGUUUGCCACAAUGCGACAACAUGCGCUGCACCACAGUUUAUGCGCCCGUCUGUGCGGCUGCGGAGACAGCGGCCAACAAGGAUCAAGCUGUGACCUUUGCGAAUGAAUGCGAGGCCCAUCGACGCGGCUGCCUGACCAAGCAAGUCAUGCACAUUCUGAACAAGGGACCCUGUCGCCAGGCCAAAAGCAAGUCGAAGUCCCUGAGCAAGAGCAGGCGCAAGCACGGCAAGCGUCGGCAUAAGGCCAGCUCCACUGCAGCAACGGCGCCGGGGCGGGGCAAGCAGAUCUACUUUAUAGGCCUCGGCAAUGCCGAUGUUUCAGUCUCGCGUGCCGUCGAUGCCUACAGCGUCUAUAAUAUACCCGAUGUGGGCCAUAAUUAUGGCGCCAUUACCGACUCGAGUCUGUCGCUCUAUGUGCCUGGUGUGGGCACUGUUACCGAUACACCACCAAGCACCACCACCACCACCACCACCACCACUACAACAACCACAGCCAAACCAACCACUACAAGCACUGAGCGAGCGGUUAUCAAAUUCGUAGAGACCUAA